UUCAAUUACGCGGUAAGAGGAACGCAAUAAUGACGUUGAGGUUAUGUGUACUUUUAUAAAGUUAAAGUAAUUAUAAAUGGCUGAAGAGGAUGAAAUAGAUAUAUUAGGUGAUUGCAGUUUGGAUAGUUUUAUGUCCAACAAUGACUCUAUAUUCAACAAUGCAACUAAUAACUCGGAUGAAUUACUUAAAUGCGAUGAUCUUUUGGUGUCGCAAAAUACGGAGUUAUUAAAGUGCGAUUACACAAUUCAUCCUCAAUGGUUACUGGAUAAACCAAGCACAAACCCAGCUUGUUGGUAUAAUAAUAGUGAGUCUUCGAAUUUGAUGAAUACCAGCUUGGAAGAUGUUGAUUUACCUGUAAAAUCCGAUGCACAACAAAUUGUUAUUGAAAAUUCAGUUAUUGAUAAAAGUGGAUGGACGGAAAAAGAGAAGGAUUUAUUAAAGAGGGGGAUUGAAAUUUUUGGAAAAAGCCAUGUGAGGUUAUCUCAGUUUAUUGGUUCAAAAAGUCCUGGGGAAGUCAAAAGUUAUUUGAAACGUUUUUAUUUGGAAUCAACUGGAUUAAAGGAUGAGAUUAUAUUAGAAUGUCUUGAAGAAAGCAUUAUAGACAAUGGAAAUGAUAUGGAAAUUGUAGAAAAUAAAGAAGUUUUAACAGAAAAUGAGAUUCCUGCUAGUAUAGAGGAAGUUAUUGCAGCUGUAAGUACAGCAAAUCCUACCGUUAAAAUCACAAAACCUAAAAAAAAAUACUCGAAAUUAAAUAUAAAUUAUAAAGAUAUUCCCAGUGGACAUUCACUAUUAAAAAAAAAUUACAUUAUUCCUAACAAUAAUAGUCUGAAAGAAAAAAAUAAAACAAAAUCAGAUCGAAGUAAAAAAGAAAAAAAUGAUAAAAAGGUUAAAUUCAAAUUCAAGACAAAAGUAAUAGUACCUAAAAAUGUUGCUGUUGGGGUAAAAAGAAUUAGGACUAGUAGGAAAUCUACCAGAUCUGAUACAGAAAAUAGUUUAACAUCUGAGGCUUCUAUAAGUGAUAUAGAAAUUGUUACUGGAAAUGGAUUAUCAGUACCUGUCUGUAAUGGAGAGGAAGUUAUUAAAAUUAAAAAAGAAGGGAAUGAAUCCGAUUCGGAUAUUGAAAUAGACGUGGAAGAUAGCGAAGAGGAUGAAAAGAAAGAAGAAAUAGGGCAAGUUAAAAAGAAAGAAAAAGAAUUAAGUUUUCCCAUAGAGAGACAAGAACCAAAAAAAGAUGUCGAAUUUGAUGCAAACAAAGAAGAAAAUAUUAAAAAAAGAAUUCCUGAUUUAAGUACUCUAAAUGAAGAUGAUGUUAAUACAUUAAUGAAAAUGGAAUUUCCUUCAUCCGAAUUUUUGAUUGAUGAAUCAACAAUUACUAAUUUAGAGAGAUUUAUUCAUUUUGAAUUUUUUGAAGGAAGAUCAACAAAAACACCUUCAAGAUAUCUUAAAAUUAGAAACCACAUAUUAAACGUUUGGAAAACAUCAAAACCUUGUUAUGUUACAAAAACUUCAAUUAGGCAAGGUUUAAAACAAUGUGGAGAUGUGAAUUGUAUAAGUAGGGUUCAUCAGUUUUUGGAACAAAUUGGAGCUAUUAAUUUUAAAUGCCCUCAAACAAGUUAUGUUAGACCGUUAUAUGAGAUGGUUUUAACUGCUGUGAAUCUUCCAAAAGAUACAAAUCGGGAAGUUGAAAAUAAUUUUGUUGUGCCCCAAAAAUUAGAUAAUUAUUAUCGAAAUAGGAAUAAAAAGAAAUUUGUUAAUGAUGGUGAAGGUGGAUAUACUUUACAACAUGAUGAUAAAGGAGAAGUAAUAAACACAACUGUCGUCAAUGAAGAUCCUAUCCAAAAGAAACACUACAUUAAAAAACCUAUUAUUCGCUUAAUUUAUUGUCGACCAUUUACGGAAAACAAUCCGCAAGAAUACCAAGUAACAAUAACAUUAUCCAACUUAAUUUUAAUGGACUUACAUUCCCAUUCAUCGCUUUCGGAAAUAAUGGGAUUAGUUGGAGGUCGUUGGAACCCUACCAAAAAAACUUUAAAAAUUCUUCGUUACGAACCAUGCAAAAAUUUAGCACCUUCUUCAUCCACCCAUUGUGAUAUGUGUCCAGUUUCCCAAGCGAAAGCCGCCGAGAAUAUCCAUCGCGAUCACAUGGAUGUGUUAGGCUGGUUCCAUUCGCAUCCCACUUUCGCCCCAGAGCCAUCUCAACAGGAUAUUGAUACCCAAUUUUCCAUACAGCAAUGUUUUGGUGAAGAUAAACCAUGCGUUGGUGUUAUUAUGUCGCCUUUUAGUUCUCAUGGAGCUCUUAUAGCAUCACCGUUUCGAUGCAUGAUUGUUGGAAAGAAAGAAAAUUUUGAUGAUCAAUUCGUCCCUUACAAAUUAAAAGUGGAUAUUGAUUAUGAAAGGUUGGAUGUUGAGGAGAUGUUGAAUUAUGCUUGGGCGGUGUUUAAUUCGGAUUCUUUUGGAAAUGGAUCGAGUCGGGUGGAUUUUUUAAAACCUUAUUUUCAUGAUACUUCAAUUACUUAUUUGGAUAAGUUCAUUUCUAGUAUCAAAAUGCAUUUGGCCAAAUGUACCAACAUUAAUAAGAUGACCUGUGAUGCUGUACAGCAAGGCUUAUCAAACAUAUUGUGUAAUAGGGUGUAAUAUCUCCCAAGAACACAAAAAGAAGAAAUAAUUAUCACUCUGUUUUGAAUUUAUACAUAAAUAUUUUUAUAAUUUAUUACGUUUAUUGAUAAGGUUAAUUUUCAAAUUUAUGAAAUAAGAGUAUAAUUUAAGGGUGAAAGAAAGACUUGAUUAAAUAAAAUAUAUUUUAUUUAUUUAAA